AUGAAGGGAGCGCCCUGGAGAUCUGGUGCGGGUCACAGGGCUCAAGCUUCCACGAAGCGAGGUGGGAGGGGUGGCGUGGCGCCCCACCAAUUGAGCCAUGGAGUUGACAUCUGGGCCAUUCUUUCAAAUGAUGAAGUACCGCAGUCCGUCACCUGCUGUGUGCCCAUGCCAUUACCGAGUUGCAAAUCCGUGACUUGUCUUCAGGCAUUUGUCUCUGCCAACCUGUUGGAUAUGUCCUCUGAUGGAGGUGGUGUCAUGCCGACCCCAGAAUGCCGCACAUGUCGUGACGAUGACUUGCACCAGGUCAUUGAACCUUUCAGCGGUGGUUCUCAGGUUGGAGCCAUGCCUCAAGAUUCUUGCGGAUUGGAGUUUCCCAUCUUCACUUGUCUUUCCUUGGAUGUUGCCCAUGAAUGCGUAUUAGCUUUCCACAAGACUUUUGGUGGCACCUUGAUGGCUCUGUGCACCUUUGGUCCAGCUGUCAUUGCCCGGAAAAGGAACAUGUGCAUUGGUGAUGUCAUUGCAUUUCUUCAAAUUGAGUUUGAUCAGCGACCGUUUCAUUGCACUGACUUGCUUGGCUUUGCACUUGAUCGUGGUGAUCCUUGUCCUGACGCAGUGAUGGUGUUGUCAGUUUCUGAAGUUAGCCCGGCUGAUUUCUCUAGAUUCCUGACUCUUGAUGUCUGCUCAGACAUGCGUGUCACGUCCUUUGAAGGAUGGUUUGAUGACCUUGGCCCAUUUGUGGAACUGCUUCGAUCGACAGGUCUCUUGGACUUGAUGUUGUGCUUGGGCUUGUCUUGCCUUAUUCCCGUGCCUUGCUGCAUCUGUUCUCAUCCUCGCUUCGACUCCGUCAUGGCAGGCUUGAACAUUGACCUGCGGGAGAGGUAUCGUGAAUUCGUGGUCUAUGACAAGCAGUGCUACCCCGAGUUCAUGGUGACCUAUGAACGCUGCUUGAAACCCAUUGCUCCGCGCGGCCGACCCUCAAGGAGAUAA